GCUUGCUGCGACCAGGUUGUCGUCGACGCGCCCCUCCUAAAAUCCUCCCACGUCUCGCUACCACCAUCGCCGUUUAUUACCUACCAUUCUACCCACUAACUGGUAUUAUUGUCACUAUUAUCGCCCGUAUUAUUACUGCAACCUCUACAACUUAUUUCUUCCCUUCUCUUCCCUUCCCUCUUCUUCCCCCGUCGCAUUUAAAUUCUCUACCCGAUCGCAGCUACCGUUGCUACCUCUAAAAUGUCCGAGUAUCGUCAUAUGAGGUCCGGUAGCUUAAACAUUCCAUCCCAGGCAAAUACAAUGAGUCCGAUAGUUCCCUCACACGGCCGCUUCGAUGGCCCGAGGAGUCCACCGAACACGUCGCACGUACCGUGUAAAUUCUUUAGACAAGGCGCAUGUCAGGCUGGUUCCGCGUGUCCCUUCAGUCACGAUCUGGGUACUGCCUCGGAAACGGUGUGCAAGUACUUCGCUAAGGGCAAUUGCAAGUUCGGACCUAAAUGCGCCAAUGUUCACGUCCUCGCCGACGGUCGGCGAAUCAACUACGGUAAAAAUGGUAUCACCAUCGGCCAGCCCAUCCACCUCGGUGGCCGAGUCAAUCCAAGCUACAAUUCCUCCAACAGCGCUUUAACGAAUUCAUUUAUGCGCGCCGACACCAAUCCAUCAUAUGGAAACGCAUACGGCUUUCCAAUGUCACCGAGCGAGACUUAUCAAUCCAUUGAUCGACGAUCGAGCUUAGAAAACGUGCCUACCAUCGAUACUACAUAUUCCCAUACUAGCUCUCAGUAUGGCUCACCACGAGAAGAGGACCCGGCCCGCCUCGGCCUAGGUCUCUCGCCCGUAACUGCUAAGGGCUUAUCCGUACUCGACGCCCCUCUUCCAGCAUCCUUCGAUUCGAAUGGUAUCUCGAAUGCCGCCAGAUAUCCCGGAGGGCCGUGGCCAUCUUCGGUGCCCUCGCAAUUCGGACUCGACUCCCCAUCACCAUCUCUGAACGCGGCUAAGGAUUCGAGAACCUCAGAAACUCUUAAGCUCUUACACCACUCGGCAUUCGGCAGCAAUGAUCACCUUUCUUCCGUUGCGGCUGGUUCCUCGCCUCCGACUCAACCGUCCGACGAAUAUUUUGGCAGACGUCAGAUGCACUCGAGCCGCUAUGCUAAACCUAAGAUGCUUAGCAGUAGCGCGCCCCGUGCUAUCGUCGGUGCCAUCGACCGAGAUUGGGAGUCGGAAUUUCCUUUCCUGGAGGAGGAUUAUUUGCCUGACAAUCUGAAAGACCUGUUAACCCCGGCCGAGAAAGCACGACGCGGUUCGCGAGCCGCUGAUGAAGACUCUAACGGCCACAGGGGAAAUGGUACGUCGCCCAGUAUCGCGGGGAUGAGUGGCACGGGGACACCCAACGGUGAGGUAAGCUCGAAAUUCGGCAGCCCCAUGGCGUCGAGUCCAAGUCGGUGGGGACCGCUGUUCCAACGACAGCACGAGGAACACGAGGCGAAGAAGCAUGCUGCAGCAGCUAGCGCAGGUGCAUUUGGACACGUCGGAAGUCCUCUUCGCCAAUCCAGCCUCAGUGCCAAUGUUGUGCGACCACACAAUUCGAGCCGGUCCAGUAGCAUCGAGGGUUUAAGUGCCUUGUCUCAGCAGCUGCAACGCACACGCAUCGACAGCAACGGAGGUGAAUCACCACUAUUGCAUCCCAAUUCCCAUACGUCACGACCGUCAAACGGCCGAGCUGGCGAACGCCACGUCAGCAGUGGCUCCAUCAGCUCUAGCGCUCGGUACACCACCCCCAUAGGGGAAGAGGAUGGCGAAUUCGUAUUUAGCAUGGACGAAGAUGGCGAUCGGGAUAGCACCAUAAGGGCGCGAAAGCGAAUGUCCGGCGUGGGCACGGCUAUGAGCGUCUGGAGCUCCAGUUACGCUGGUGUAGCCGCAGGGCCCGGGAAGAAGGACGAUGGCGCUGCGAGAGUGGUUGAGGGUGUCGGUGGCCGGUAAAGCGAUACUGAGUCGAGGAGGUAAUUCCAGGAUAUAAAUGACGCAUUGUCUCGUGAGGAUACCAAUGAAGAUCCAAGAAAGAUAUAUCCGGUCCUUCUACGAAAGCAUUUCGAA